AUGCAAGAGACAACAAACCAAACAAAGCCGACGCCCACUCGUCGUCGACAGGGUCGGGGCGGCGGCAACAAGUCGACCGGUCAGAAGAUGUAUGCGUCCGAGAACGACAUGGCCAACGUCUCAAAUCUCGCCUACGAGCAAAACGGCCAUCCCCAUACCCCUCAGAAGUCGUACUCCGGCUCUCCUGAGCCGCAGUCCGGUACCGGUAACCAGACUGGCUCCAAGCAGCGUUCGCGUAACAAGCCCCGAGCCAAGAAUCCCAACACGGUAGCCUCGCCCGACGUUACUCGCCAUAACCGCCGCUCGACCCCUCAGAAUAUCCCCGUCAACACCAAACCAACAGCUGCUGCCGCUGCUGCCUUUGCUGGGGCAACCUUUCACGCCUCGCCUGCUCCAUCGGCUCUGCCCAUGCCCAGCUUCUACUCAAAGUCGAUCACCGAAUCUCCAGGCCCGAGGCAAGACGCUCAGCAACAGCCAUCCCCUCCGCCAACCGAUCGGGAGCGCCCUACACCGCAGCAUCCGGCCACCGCACCUAGGGCCCGCGAGUCGCCCCUCGACGCUAUCUUCAGAGCUGACAGAGCUGAGAAGGAGAAGGCUCGGCGUUCCAGUUCUCUCCAGUCAUCAGUGCAGCCUGACGGUUCCGAGCCCCCUGCCGCUCCUUCGCCAAGGGACGGUCACAACAGUCCGUUUGUCGCCAAGCCCUACAACACUCAUCCUGGCCAUCGUAUGCCCCUCCCGCGGUCAUCUAGUGGUAUCUCUGCAGCAGAGCUCGAUGGAUAUCCUGGGAAGCCUCUUGGCCCUGCCUUCUCUACGCCGUAUCAGGAGCGCAUUCGGGCUGCUCGCGGCGCUUCUAACCAGUCGCCAAACGGCCCGAGAACUUCGCAAACCCCACCCGUCGAAGACCGCUCUGAGGCUUUGAAGAAGUACCUCUUCGGUGCCAGAGGUCCAGCUUCGUCUCCCCAAUCGUCAGCUUCAGGCCCUCCAGCUCAGUAUGUCCACAACGGUUUCAUGGGAAACAACCCUGAACCCCAGAGUGGUCACUCUGCCGAUUUACGCGCGAUGGAGGACAAUCUGCGUCGUAUUCUUAAACUCGAAUCUCCCUUGGCGACCGCCAAGUCCGGGGAUCAUCCUCUGUAUUCAUGA